AUGUCGAUGCUGGCUCGUCGUGUUAUAUUCCGCGCUCUUCCUCGCACUCGUGGAGUUGCCACGGACUCUGUGGCUGCCAAGACGUCCGAGCUCUGGCGAAAGAUCAGCUACUACGUCUGCCUCCCCUCGAUUAUCGUCUGCUCGGCCUGGGUUUACAACCUCGAAGCUGACCAUGAAGAGCACAACAGACAUCUGAUGGAGGAGAACGGGGGAAAGCUUCCGGAGCCGCCUGCAUAUGAGUAUCUCAACAGGAGGGUGAAGCCGUACCCUUGGGGAAUGAACUCGCUCUUCUUCAACCCGCGCACCAACAAGGACAUGGAGGCUGCGGCAGAGGAGUAG